UUCAUCAACCAGACUCCUGGAGUCAAUGGUCUCCAUUUUCUCCGUGUGAGGAACUUUGUCGCAAGAAACGUCAGCGGUUUUGUUACUCAGAGCAUCCUGGACGCUGCGAUGAUGCAUCUUCCAGUGGACUGCAGACUCAUGUUGUUCAAUGCUCGUUUAAAGAGUGUUAUG